AUGCCUACAGAUUAUUCUCAAGUGUUGGCCAAAGGCGGCUAUCUAAAAGACGGGCAGUGGUUCUGUCAAUGUGACCUACCCCCAAGACUGCUUACAUCAAAACAAGGUGGCAGUUCAGGGAAAAGAUUCUUGAGAUGUCAACAAGCUGGCAAUGACCAGUGCAAGUUCUUUCUUUGGGAAGAGGAAGAAGCUACGGUCAGGGAGCAGGCCAAUGCAUCCUAUCUACGAUUACCAGCACCGCGAACUCCAACCAAACUAAAUACAACCAACAGAGAGCCAGUAUUCAAUGGGUUCAAUUCUAAGCAGUCGAUCGCUGCUACGCCCGCAAGUGGACAUUCGGCAGCGAAGCUUAAGACUAGCCCAAGAUAUUCGCCAACCCCUAGAUCAGAAGGAAAGACCUCUCCACCGGUCAGCUCAGAGGACCUAUCCCCAACACCACAUCGGGUUAGAGUCGAUCAUGAAUCUGAUAAAGAUAAGGACUUCACUACGGCUAUCCUUAAACUACUGCGCUCCAGCAAUGUGGUGGUUGGAGCUUCUACUGAAGUUCGCCUGCGCCUUAUGAUUCGCUCAGAAAUCGGCGCCUAUCAGACCAAACUGCAGACAUGCGAAGAAAUGAUAACCGAUCUCUGCCAGGAGCUUGAUGGCUUAGGGUUCUAA